GCGGCCCGGUGGCUCCCCGCGGCACAGGCGGGGCCGGGGCCGGGGCCGCGAUGCUGCCGGCGCUGCCGGACGGCGAUGAGCGGGAGCUGGAGAGCAGCGAGGAGGGCGGCGGCGCGGGCGAGGAGCGGCGGUCGGAGCGGCACGGCUGCACCUACCACGGCCUCUAUGGCUACCGCAGGUCCGCUCAGCAGGGAGCCGCCGGCGGGGAUGGCAGUGCCGGUAGCGCCGUGGCACACACACCCUCCACCGAAGACUUCAGCCUCUCCUUGCUGGACACCAGCUUACCAGCUGAAGCAGAGACGGAGUUGCGCAGUUUCAUCGCUAAGCGCCUUACUAAAGGAGCGCUGUUUGAAGGAAUGGGGAAUGUAGCAUCAGUGGGGCUGAGCAUACCAGAAGGUAAAGUUGGGUGUUACUACUGUCGUUUCCAACAAGAAAGUCUUCUGGAAAUGGGAACGUUGGAAUCAGACAUCAAUGCUCCAGAAUAUGUGGUUUGUUUCUUAGGUGGCUCAGAGAAGGGUCUGGAACUUUUCAGACUUGAGCUGGACAAAUACAUUCAAAAUCUGAAGAUAAAUCUUGAUUUGGAGCAAAAAAACUUGGAGGCCUCUGUUAGCCCCUACCUGAGGAGCUGGUUUGAGGAUGCCAUCUGCCCUAUCCAGAGGGUCGUGCAGCUCUUCCAGGACAAACUUGCCUCUCUGCUACAUGCUGCUCUGAGUUACACUCCUGUAGAGGUCAAAAAUGCAGAUGAAAGAACAGAAAAGGACAUCAGCAGGUUCCUGGCAGCUGCCAGCCUCCAAGGGCUUGUCCAGGAAGGCACAAUGACCUCCCUGUGCAUCGCCAUGACAGAGGAACAGCACAAGUCCAUGGUUAUAGACUGUAGUGGACCUCAGCCCCAGCUGCAUAAUGCAGGAAGCAACAGAUUCUGUGAGGACUGGAUGCAAGCUUUUGCGAAUGGUGCUGAAGGUGGAAAUCCUUUUCUCUUCCGGCAGAUUUUGGAAAACUUUAAAUUGAAGGCUAUCCAGGACAUUAACAACCUGAAGAGGUUUAUCCGCCAGGCCGAAAUGAACCACUACGCCUUGUUCAAGUGCUACCUGUUCCUAAAGAACUGUGGCAGUGGAGACAUCCUGCUGAAGAUUGUGAAAGUAGAACAUGCAGAAAUGCCAGAGGCCAGGAACGUAGUGACUGUCCUGGAGGAAUUCAUGAGAGAAACAUCAGUUUCUUAAAGUUAUCUUAUGUAUAAAUCAUUAAUUUCUAUUGUGCAGUGCAGCUAUUGCUGGAUUUUUAAUUUAUAUUUAAAAAUAUUGCCCAAGUCAAACCUCAGCUGCAGUUUCACCUGCCUUUUUUUGGUUUUAGACAAAACACUAUGAGCUUUUUUAAUGUGUAAAUAUCAGAUAAUAUAAACUCAUGCAGAGUUUUCAGAUUCUCCAACUGACUUGCUCCUGUUCUGAGGAAAUCAUGACAUUUGAUUUUUAUAGUAAUUGCAAAACCAAACCUAAAUCCCUUACCUGGCAAGCAUGUCACUGUUCUAAGUAUUUUAAAUAUCUUUAAAAUAAUUUAGAUCUGGCUCAUUUGUUUUUAUAAAGCAGUACAAACAUCUGGCUAGAUCUAGAUAAUGAAUUAAUCAUUUUAGUUUAGAUAAGAGAACCUAGGUACCAAGUCUGUGUCUAGUUUCUGCUUUCAAACUGCUGGUUUGUUCUGCUGCCACUGGAUAAACGAGUUGGUAAUUGUCUGAAAUAGAGCUGCCUGAAGACUGAGCCAUUGCAGUGAUCAGUUUGUAUGUGCCUGUAUGUGUGCAUACACACACACAACAGGUACCUGAAAUUCCCAGGAUAUUUGAUAUAUCCUCUUCUUCCUCAGUCUGAGAUCUGAUCAAGACCUUCUUUGUAUGUUCUUAUACUACAGUUUUGCAUAACUGUGAAUAAUGCUCUGUUUUUCAGUCAUGAAGAAACUAAAAAGUUUCUUCUUUAACAUUUAAUAUUAAGACUUCUUCAGAAUUUGAAAUAAAUGAAUUUCCCAAAUUAAUUACUCAGACUUUAAAACAUUUCAAUGUAUCAGCAAUGGAUUCUUACCCACAUCAUGGGGCACAUAGGCGGCAGAAUACGUGAAGGAAAUCUUAGGCUACAGCUGGAAUAAAAACUCAUGAAGUUUCUGAGUAACCUCAUAAAGAGAGCGAUUUCUGCAAACCUGAUACAAGCACAAUUCCUUGUUGGUUCUGCAGCAGAGGGUGUUUGAACUCCCCUGAAACAGCACCUGUAACUCAUGUGGUUCAGUGUGACUUGUGCUGGUGCUCUGUACUGUGAGGGCAGGAGUUGCUGCUUUCCUGUGACACCACCAUGUUGAACCUUAUAAGGCUGACAAUAAAACACAUUGAAAUCCUCAA